AUUGUACAGAUGAAUAAUUAUUGUGGCCUUGGAAUUGAUGCAGAGUUGAGUCUAGGUUUCCAUCAUGCCAGGGAAGAAGAGCCAGGCAAAUUCAAUAGCAGGUUACACAACAAAGGAGUCUAUGUAAAAGUUGGGCUGCAGAAAAUGAGCCAUACCAGGAGUCUUCAUAAAGAAAUCAAACUUCAGGUGGACCAGCAUGAAGUUGAGCUACCAAGUAUAGAGGGUCUUAUUUUCAUCAAUAUUCCCAGUUGGGGAUCAGGUGCUGAUCUUUGGGGGUCUGAUAAUGACAAUCGGUUUGAGAAACCAAAAAUUGAUGAUGGCUUGUUAGAAGUAGUUGGUGUCACUGGAGUUGUUCACAUGGGUCAAGUCCAGGGAGGUCUCCGUUCUGGCAUCCGGAUAGCCCAAGGCUCCUACUUCCGUGUAACACUUCGGAAGCCAAUUCCUGUCCAAGUAGAUGGUGAGCCCUGGAUUCAACCACCAGGUCAGAUAAUUAUUUCUGCAGCAGGACCAAAGGUCCAUAUGUUAAAGAAAUCAAAACAGAAACAGAAGAAAACUGGAAACAUAAAGGAUUCAAGAACCGAGAGCACAUUGGCUGAUGAAGCAGGGCACUGAUGAGAGAUACUCAUAGUUCAAAUGCUGCACAUCUACUGUAGAUGUCACCUGUCUGGCAAAAAUACUGUUGCGUAGUUCAGGUCAUUUAUGAGCCUGUCUUCUUGUUCCAUGUUCAUUGUUCAGUAACCAUGUAACUGACAUGAAAAUAUGAUUGUAUACCAGAGUUGAUCGGAGGAGUUUGUAUUAGGGAACCUUUGAGAAAAGUACAUUCUUUCUCCUUUUCAGCCACUCUGUUGAAAGAUUUAAGCUAGUCCAGAGAAAAAUAAAUAACCUGGGUGAGAAUCAAAAAAGCCAAUAAUAUUAUUUGUGAACUAGUUCCUGAAGUAGGGUAGACUUAUGAUGAUUUAAUCCAGGAGUGCAGUUCAGAGUCUGUUCCACAGGACCAUCUUCAUUACAUAUUUUUUUUUCCUGGUCUACAUUGCCUUCUCCUCUUCACCUGUGCAAUCCACAGCUUACUCAUACUUUUUUGAUCAAUAAUUUGUUAAACACGCAACAGAGUUCUCAUUGAAGAACUGGCAAAGAAAAAAUUUAAUAGGAUGCUGGAGAAGGAAAACUCUACCCAUAAUGGCUGGUUGUGCUCUAUUUUGAGUUUUCCUCUAUGCACCACAAACGCUUUCACUACACUACUACAGGAAACUUUUUGAGAGAAAAAGAAAGCUCCUAUAAUUUUGACACUCUUUUUUUACAGUUUACAGAUUUUUAUUUUAUUUUAUAAAACCUGCAAGCGUUGGUUUCCUAAUGUGUCAUGUGGGUUUCUUUUCUCUAAUUCUCCUCUGUAAGUCAGUGUUCCUGAUUUCAUUCUUCAGCCUUCUCUUUCUAUCAGCGUUCAGACUGUUGCUGAAAUAUCAAACUCAGAAUGGGUACAAAGCACAAUGUAGUAAAUUAAUCUAUUUCAACCUAUGUUUGAUAAAUAUUAAAUGAUCAUGAAGAAAA